GGAGCCCGCGCAGGCAGAUCGCUUUUCCAGACCGGAGCGGAGGGAGCUGAGCUCGUCUCUCCUGCAAGAUUUGGGCUGUCCCUUUCCGUGCCCGCGAGCAGCCGCCCGCCCCUCGUCCGUGAGCCAGGCUCUCCAGCGGGGACUCCGCUUUGCACCAUGUCAGUUGAGCUGGAAGAAGCCGAUCUGCCCUUGACCGAGGCGGAGGAGGCGCCGAUGGCCCCCGAGAGGAGGGGCGCGUCCAAGAGGACCAGGGCGGGCGGCGCGAUCCUGUCGCCCUCCAAGAGGAGGAAGAACAGCAAGAAGAAGAACCAGCCGGGCAAGUAUAGCCAGCUGGUGGUGGAGACCAUCCGCAAGCUGGGCGAGCGCAGCGGCUCCUCGCUGGCCAAGAUCUACAACGAAGCCAAGAAGGUGCUCUGGUUCGACCAGCAGAACGGGCGCACCUACCUCAAGUACUCCAUCAAGGCGCUGGUGCAGAACGACACCCUGCUGCAGGUGAAGGGCACCGGCGCCAACGGCUCCUUCAAGCUCAACAGGAAGAAGCUGGAGGGCGCCGAGGGGACCGGCGGCGGCGCCUCCUCCUCGCACGCCAGGACCUUCAGGAGGGCGGCGGUGGUGGUGCCGGCCGCCUCCACCUCCCGCAGGGCGCAGAAGAAGCCGGUCGCCAAGGGCAAGAAGCCCGAGAAGAAGGCGCACAAGAGGAGUGCCGUCGGGUCGGUCAAGAAGGACAAGGUGAAAGCGGCCAAGAAGGCGGCCAAGAAGAGCGCCGCCGCCUCCAGCGCCAAGAAGGUGAAGAAGUCCGCCAAGCCCAAGGCGCUGAAGAGCAGGAAGGCGUGAAGGAGUGGCCUUCGAUUGACUGUGGGACCCCGCAGGGCAGGAGUGACUUUGGCCCCAGCCGGGGAGCCGCGGGGCCCCCUUUGCAGCCUUUAUGUCCCCCCCUUUCCCGCCGCCCUCUUCGGUCCCCGGGGGGGGGGGGCUCUGAGAGGAGUGGGUUUCUGGCCGAUGCUUUUCGGGCGUUGCUUUGAAAAAACUGCUUUAAAAAGGACCGACUCUUCCCUCCCGCCUUCACUUUAAGUGGUGGGUGUACGGCACCGGUGCACCCCUCAAACCCACUCCUGGUAUGUGGGGGGGGGGGGAGCUCUUGGAAAGAUUGCGAAUGGGUGAAUAGGAAGGCUUCCGUCGCUAUGGCGACACACCCGAGAGGGCCGGCUGAAUUUUCGCUCCGGAUCAGCGCUUCCUUGGGAGGCUGCGAAGUGCGGGUAGCGGGGUGGGUGUGUUGGCGGGAGGGGGGGGGUGCACCUGGGACCAAGUGACUGGCCGCGGGGCUGGUUUUGCCUUGGGGAGACCUGCGCCAUGGCUGCGCUUUUGCCAGGGAGGGUGGGUGGGCGGAGUCACUCUUUGCCCCCCCCCCCCCGCCCAGUGUCCUGGGGGAUCUCGUCUUGGAUUGCCUGUCUUUGCGUGCGCGCGAGUCUGUCUGUUUUUGGUUCAAUAAAUCGUUUUAAACAUUUUUUUCCCA